AUGCAGUCUCACCGGCCCUUUGAGGAUCGCUUUGCCCACCCUGCUCUUGAGUUGCAGCAUCUCACUGCCGGGUGGACACAGAUGCAGACUGGCAGAAAAGAAAAGGGUGACCCACUGAAUUCAGCCAUUGACAAGAUGACCAAAAAAACCAGGGAUCUGCGUCGACAAUUGAGGAAGGCGGUGAUGGACCACAUCUCCGACUCGUUUUUGGAGACCAACGUCCCGCUUCUUGUGCUCAUUGAGGCAGCUAAGAGUGGAAACGAGAAAGAGGUCAAGGAGUACGCCCAGGUGUUCCGCGAACAUGCCAACAAGCUGGUGGAGGUGGCUAACUUGGCGUGUUCCAUCUCCAACAAUGAAGAAGGUGUGAAGCUUGUCCGGCUGGCUGCCACCCAGAUCGACAGCCUAUGUCCACAGGUCAUCAACGCUGCGCUCACUCUGGCUGCGCGCCCACAAAGCAAGGUGGCUCAGGACAACAUGGACGUGUUCAAAGACCAGUGGGAAAAGCAGGUCCGCAUCCUGACCGAGGCCGUGGACGACAUCACCUCUGUGGAUGACUUCCUCUCAGUUUCAGAGAACCACAUCCUGGAAGACGUGAACAAGUGUGUGAUCGCUCUUCAGGAAGGAGACGUGGACACUUUGGACCGGACUGCUGGGGCGAUCCGUGGACGAGCCGCUCGAGUAGUCCACAUCAUCAAUGCUGAGAUGGAGAACUACGAGCCGGGAGUGUACACAGAGAGGGUGCUGGAAUCCAUCAAGCUCCUAUCUGAAACUGUCAUGCCUCGUUUCGCUGAGCAGGUGGAGGUGGCCAUCGAGGCUCUGAGCACAAACCCGCCUCAAGCCUUUGAGGAGAACGAGUUUAUCGAUGCGUCGCGGUUGGUCUACGACGGCGUCCGCGACAUCAGGAAAGCUGUGCUCAUGAUACGGACACCAGAGGAGCUGGAGGACGACUCAGACUUUGAGCAGGAGGACUAUGAUACUCGCAGCAGGACCAGCAUCCAGACCGAAGAUGACCAGCUUAUUGCCGGACAGAGCGCAAGGGCCAUCAUGGCACAGCUGCCUCAGGAGGAGAAGGCCAAGAUCGCUGAGCAGGUGGAGAGCUUCAGACAGGAGAAGUGUAAGCUGGAUGCUGAAGUGGCCAAAUGGGACGACAAUGGCAACGACAUCAUUGUUUUGGCCAAGCAGAUGUGCAUGAUCAUGAUGGAGAUGACAGACUUCACCAGAGGGAAAGGACCCCUGAAGAACUCCUCAGAUGUGAUCAACGCCGCUAAGAAGAUUGCAGAGGCCGGUUCUCGGAUGGACAAAUUGGCUCGAGCCGUUGCCGAUCAGUGCCCGGACUCGGCCUGUAAGCAGGACCUGCUGGCCUACCUGCAGAGGAUCGCUCUGUACUGCCAUCAGCUCAACAUCUGCAGCAAAGUGAAGGCCGAGGUGCAGAACUUGGGAGGAGAGCUGAUUGUGUCCGGGCUGGACAGCGCCACAUCCCUGAUCCAAGCCGCCAAGAACCUCAUGAACGCCGUGGUCCUGACCGUCAAGGCGUCCUACGUGGCCUCCACCAAAUACCAAAAGGUGUACGGGACGGCCGCGGUCAACUCGCCCGUGGUCUCGUGGCGCAUGAAAGCCCCGGAGAAGAAGCCGCUGGUGAAGAGGGAGAAGCCCGAAGAAUGCCAAACCCGCGUGCGAAGGGGCUCGCAGAAGAAACACAUCUCCCCCGUCCAGGCGCUCAGCGAAUUCAAGGCCAUGGACUCCUUCUAA